AUGGAGUAUAAAGGAGCAGUAGGAAUGAGGUCCAACAGAUUUAAAGCUGGUGUUAAAGAUUACCGAUUGACUUAUUAUACUCCUGAGUAUGAAACCCUAGAUACUGAUAUAUUGGCAGCAUUCCGAGUAACUCCUCAACCUGGAGUUCCACCUGAAGAAGCGGGGGCUGCAGUAGCUGCCGAAUCUUCUACUGGUACAUGGACAAGUGUAUGGACCGACGGACUUACCAGUCUUAAUCGUUACAAAGGACGAUGCUACAACAUCGAGCCCGUUGCUGGAGAAGAAAAUCAAUAUAUUUGUUAUGUAGCGUAUCCUUUAGACCUUAGAUACAAUUUUUUUCAUUCUUUAAUUCAGAACGAACGGGGCGCGCUUUGGAAGAAGCAAUAUGUUAUAGAGCUACUAAUAAGAAGGCGGCCCUUAACCCCAAAUGCCAUUGCCAGCGGAUAUACGGGGGGAGCAUCAAAAUUUGCGAAAGGAAUGCAAGAGGAGACUGAACUUGCAAAAGCUACCUUGAACAAAGCCGCAAACAAAGAAGUUCCCGGUCAAAGGAGUGUCAUCGUAAGGGUUGAUGGUGAUCCAGACCCAAAAGAAGUUGUCACCAAAGUAAGCACGGUGGCAGGACUUUGCUAUUACAUCCCCCGAUGCGAUGAAAAGCAGUGGCAGCUCAAAGUCAAAGCAAUGGGUUUUCAUUGUCUUUUCACAUGCGUAAUAACGAUUGCUUCCCCAUGCCAAUGUCGAUCAGUUGGUACUUUAGCAUUUUAGAGUUUCCUCGCAUAUGAUAAGGGUUUGAAAAAAGAGCUCUUUCUGGUGCAAUAUAUAUAGUAUAUAUAGCGUUAGUUCAGUCAAGCUUUCUUAGUAAAGGGAAAGGAGUUCAUGAUUUCAAUCCUUCUUGCUCUUUCUUUUCUUCUCGGACGGUCUUCUAUUUUUCUUCCUAGCUUUCAAAAGUCUUUCUUUUCCGGCUAGGAAGCAGAUGAGGAUGCUGAAACGGGUCCCAAGUCAACUGCAUGCGCUACUACUGCCUCCCUAGCAGCCACCUCUGCCCCCUUUCUAGUGCAAUAUCUGACGGUAGCAAAUCCCGCAGAUCGAAAGCCAUCACCUUCUCGUCCGGAAUCCCUUCGAACCGUCUUAGCUUCCCUUCGUUCGCUUCCAUAUACACUACCAUUUCAUCUACCUGUUUUCCGAGCAUAUUUGAUCACAGUCCCAUAAGCAGUAGGAACCGCGAGAGAGCUUAUUUCGUGUUCGAGAUCCAGAUGGUCUCCCAUUUCUUCUUUGUUUGCGAUUAACGGCCUACCGGGUGCAAUAGAUCCAAUUGCUGGCGCAGAACUCCUGAAUUCACCCAGCCCUUCUCACUUCUGGUUCAUCAAGAUAGGCUAGAUAGCGGCAUAU